ACACACCGGGCCACAGAGCCGGGCGGCGGCGGACUACGUUUCCCAGCCAGCCCCGGAUGGCCCCGGGGCGGUGCGAUGGGAGGGGAAGGGCGCUGCUGAGGGAGACAUAACAUGGGCGCCUAACAACGGGAGAAGCCCGGCACGGCGGCAGAGCGGUGACGGACGGGACGGGGAGAUGGCGGAGACCGGCUCCGUGCACGCCACCCGCUUCGAGGCGGCCGUGAAGGUGAUCCAGAGCCUGCCCAAAAAUGGUUCUUUCCAGCCAACAAAUGAAAUGAUGCUGAAGUUCUAUAGCUUUUAUAAGCAAGCAACACAAGGACCAUGUAACAUUCCAAGACCUGGAUUUUGGGAUCCUAUUGGUAGAUAUAAAUGGGAUGCUUGGAGUGCCCUGGGAGAUAUGUCCAAAGAGGAAGCCAUGAUAGCUUAUGUUGAAGAAAUGAAAAAGAUACUUGAGAGUAUGCCAAUGACGGAGAAAGUUGAAGAAUUACUCCAAGUAAUAGGCCCGUUCUAUGAAAUAGUAGAAGAUAAAAAGAACAGAGGAUCUGGCCUAACCUCAGUUCGAAUGGAGAAAGUAUCUAAAUACUUGGAAGACCUUAGUAACGUCAUGAAUUCCGCUCCAAAUAUAAAGGCUGUGAAUGGAAAAGCUGAAAGUAGUGAUAGUGGAGCAGAGUCAGAAGAAGAAGGUCUUCGUGAAGAGGAAGAAAAGGAGCUACAGCAAAAUGUAAAGGAAUGUAAGAGCCUGAAAACAGAAUCAUUAGCUGCUAAGGAUUUGGAAAAUGUUGUUGCUAAUGACUGUUACAAGGACAGCUUCAUCCCAGAUAUGCAGAAUGGCAUCCAGAACAAAUCUGCCCUGAAUGGUUUGAAUGAGGAGGAGGAAAUAAAGAAGACAGAGCCAAGCCUAGAAAUAGCUAAUAACUGUGCUCACCAAGGUGCAAAUGAGGAGAACACUGAAGAGAUCUCAGGAACUCAGCACUUAACCAGUGAUUCAGACAGUGAAGUUUAUUGUGACUCAAUGGAGCAACUUGGGCUAGAAGAGCCCUUAGAGAUCAUCACGUCAGCUAAAGGAUCUUUAAAGCGUUCAUCCAAUUUCUUGGAUGUAGAUCACCGUCUUCAAGUAGAAAAUACUGAUCUUCCAAGGCCUUGCACAACUGCUGGGAGUCUGCGGCUUGGAAAUGCUGUAGAAGGUGCAGUUCAAGAAAAAGGUGAAGUCAAGUGUGGAGGAGAAGAUGGCAAAGCCAGUAAUGGGGCCCCUCACAAGGAGAAGAAGGAUGGAGAAAAAGCAGAUUUCUAUGGUAUCAGAAGAGGGAGAGGGCACAGACUUCAUCCUUUAGGUGACGGUUCGCAAGGUGGGCAGAUGGGUAACGGAGGGGACGGGGAGCGCUGGGGAUCAGACAGAGGACCACGGGGCAGCCUCAAUGAGCAGAUCGCUGUGGUGCUGAUGCGGUUACAAGAAGACAUGCAGAAUGUCCUGCAGAGGCUGCAUAUGCUGGAGGCAGUAACUGCAUCGCAGGCAAGAUCUGCAACACUACAGUCGAAUUAUCAGCCCACCUCCUCUGUGAAGAAACCAUCGUGGUGGCCCUUUGAAAUUUCUCCUGGCGUUUUAGCUUUUGCUAUUGUGUGGCCAUUUAUUGCCCAGUGGUUGGUGCACGUAUAUCUUCAAAGAAAGCGAAGAAAGCAGAACUGAGGAUUCAUGGCGCUGUUUAGGACUGCUGUGAGAAGGUGGCCCUGGGAAGUGAAGGAAUUCUGAAUUCUUAAGAGAACCUCAGGGUUUGGGAUGAUGUUCCUUCUGUUAUAGUAAUAUUUGUUCUGCCUUUGAGCUGGACAUUUAAGGACUAACAGCACUGAUACUUGAAUGAUCUGCUGCUCCUAGGUUACAAAUAAAAUUAAUAAUUUCAUCCUUAAAACCACACGAACAUUAAUUAUUUUGGAACCUGUUUGUGGAUGGGCCUUUAGGAACUGCUAGUCUUGCUGAUGCCGGAUAACAGAGCAAAUAUCAUCUUUGUAAAAGGAAAAGCAAAAAAAAAAAAACCCUAAAGCUGUCACUUUAAUAUAGAAAUAAGGUUACAAUGAAAAUACCCCUACCUGUUUUUCCACAGGUUUGUGUACCAUGAGAUGAAAGCACUAAUGAAGUAUGAAUUAAUGCUUUGUAAACUGUUGAAAAAAUACAGUAUAGCUCUUAGGAAUUCAACUGGUUAUUUUUGCUGCUAAACUGAUGUGGGACGACUUCCCUUGUAAACCAUUGAGAAGUGAGGUGGGGAGCAUCGAAUGUCCUUCAGGACCAUAAAUGAGGUUUUUGCAUUGGAAAACAUCCUGGAAGUCAGAGCCGUGGUAACAGAGGGACUGUGAAAUGUGUAUUUGUACGUAGGUGUGAUCCCCCCAAAGCCAGGGAUCCAUCUGAAAAGGCUGCACCUUAUGUUUAUAAUGUUGGUUGAUAGCUAUGCUCUUGUUGGCUACAGCUUGUUGUAACUGAAACCCCUGACUUGAGGCACAAGGUGCUUUUAAGAAGCCAAGCAAGCUCGCUCUGUAAGUAAAGUAUAUCUCUGAGAUGAGACAAAGCUCUGUGCAUUGCAAGUUUUCUUUUGUCAGUUGAUGUCAAAUUAAAUAAGAGCUCCUGUCCCUCACCUGUUGCGCACUCUUCCCCACUCGCCAUACGGAACGUGUCUGUUAGGUUUAGUAUUGCUUUCCCUCCUAUCCUGAUUUCUCACACAACAAAACUGCAGCUAAUUUUGGUGCCGAUUCUUUUUCUUUCACAGAGGGUUUAUUAAGCAGGAUCCAGAGCCGUGCAUACGUGGGUAGGUGAACAUGGCUUCAUUUCUGGGAAGCGGAAGUGCACUAAAAUUAAUCAGACAGAAAACAAAGAAGCUUCUUUGCUAUAAAGAAUGAAGUCAUCUCCCAGCCUGUGCGUAAGAUUCAAAUCUUAGAAAUUCACUGUAUUGUUGAUGCGCUUUUGUUCUCCAUCCACACCAAUAUUACAGAGAACAGAGGAAAGCUCUUUUCUGCCCUUCCUGGAAAUCUUUUAUAGUUUGAAAAGCAUUUUUCUUACGAGCUGUAUUGUAAAAGCUGCAAUCACGGGGUUCAAUGUUUGCCUUGCUGGGGCAAUUUUAAUCUUGUUUUAAAUCCUUUUUUUAUUUUUAAAGCAUUAUUUUUCCCUCUUCUGAUUUUUGUAUUGUAAAGCUGAAUUACAAAUAAAAUGAUCAGAACAACCUUUUAGGCCGCUGUAACCAUCAGCUUCCAUCCGCCAGAGGUCAGUUUUGGCAAGAGAUGCACCGAAAAACUCAGGUCUGAACAAAUCUUAUGCUGGAAGGGAAGUUCUACUGUGACCUGAAGCCACUGUGCCUGCAGCUUAAAGCCUGUAGAGUGAUUAAUUUAACAUAAAACAACAGAAAGGAUUAUGCAGGAAGAACGCUCCAGCUUGAAGGUCACUUCCAACCCAGCCCAGCAGGAUGGAGCACCAUGGAGCCUGUCCCAGCUGCUGAACGUGUCCCAUGUAGGCGGCUCCCUUUUAGAGAGUUCCCAAAGGUACCUGACUAACUAACUGUUAACUUCCCACUGAACUCAGUGUAGGCAUGUGUUAUCUGUGUUAUUUAUUAAUGGUUUCAAUAAAUCAAUCCUUUAAUA